AUUUCAACUUUUUAAAAAUUUUAUAUUUUCGGUUCGAUUUUUAGAAUGGCAUUUUUAUCUGCAAAAUUUCUUAUUUUUCUGUAUUUUUACGGGGUUUUAUGCAAGGAGACGCCAAGAAACCCCUUAGUUAUAGGUGAGCGUUUUGAAUUAUUUGUUUAUUACUGUAAAAAUAAUUUGAUUAAAUAUAAUAAAAGUCGCAUGCCUAUCAUGUGAUUUGAUAUAUGUUUAACAAAAUCUGUAUGGUCCUGUUUUACAUGACAAGUUAAGUUGAAUGUCAAUAAGGCCAAAUAAAAAAAAUACUUUGUUAGAGUCACCGCCCGCCUCUCGAUUUUCUGCCGCCUCUGAAUUUUUUAAAUUUUUUUUUAUGUAAAUCUCUUCGUUUUACAGCUUACAGUCAAUUUCAGCUGACUUUUCAUCGUAAGAUUCCGAACUUCGUUCCGAACUUCACAAAUUCGUUGCGAAGUUCAAAAGUUCAUAAUGAAAUUCACAAACAGGUUUGUAAACAAAGCCUCUGAUUGGCUAUUAAAUCAAACCAGCCAAUCAAAUGCCCAGUUUACAAACCUGUCUGUGAAUUUCAUUAUGAACUUUUGAACUUGGCAACGAAUUUGCGAAGUUCGGAAUCUUACGAUGAAAAGUCAGCUGAAAUUGACUGUAAAACAAUUUAAUAUUUGAAAUUUUUCUCAUGCUCAGACCUUCGCGCUAUAUACUGAUCGAUAGGAGCGCGUAGGCACAGAAUAAGGUACACAGAAGGUCGACUCAAGUAACGCUGCCACGCCAUGAUUCAUCAUCAAAAUGCUGACGCCAUGGUCCUAGCCAGUGCGGGUUUGAGAGGCAUUCCCCCCCUGGACAUCCGCCAUUUUGAAUGAUAUCAGGGGGGUGAAUGCCUCUCAGACGCGCACUGGCUAGGACCAUGGCGUCAGCAUUUGAUGACGAAUCACGAGUUACGCCAAAAUCAUACGAAAAUCAUAGGAAAAACGAAGAAGUCGGCCUUCUGUGUACCUUAUUCUGUGGCGUAGGCUUGGGUAUACAAGGUUCUUAAAGCAAAAUGGCGGCCUUCGCAACAUCAGUACAAAAAAUAUCACCGAUAUGGUGGAAAAACCGCCCCCCCAUCCCCUCCAAAAAUACUAUUAAAAAAUUAAAAAACGAGUAAAAAUUUUAAAAAAAAUCCGCCCGCCCGCCUCUGAAAAUUUGUGAGAGUGUGACGCUAACCAAGUAUUUUUUUUUUUGGCCUAAGGGCAUAUUUUUCUUUUGCUUUUAGUACAAAUCUAUUCAAUUGAGUUAAGAACAACUUCCACUUUGCCAGUGAGCUAGGUGUUGGUUCUGUUUCCCUUUGAUAAGUAAAAAUCAUCUGGCAUUAGACAGAGAAAAAUAAUAAAGAAGAGUGCAUUAUUUGCCAUUAGACUGGCUUAAUGGGUUGACAAGAUGUAUGGGAAGACAGUAAUGUAACAAAUUAAUGGUCAACAACUCAAGCUUAAAGGGGCAAUGUCACCGAUUUUUGACCUAAAAUGCCUUUUAUUCAAAAACUAAAGUACAAAGUUAAAAAUGAACAUCGUAAACAGAUUAAGUUAUGAUAUAUGAGUCGUAUUAAACAACUAUGAACUUCCACGCAACAUGUACAUGACAUUUUCAUAAAAAUUGACUAAAACUUGAAAAAGUGUCUGCCAACAGUCAAGAUGUCAUUUAUAAUCCAUCUCAAUCCUGGCAUAAUCUUGCCCAUCCAGACUUCUUUUUGUGUCUGUCAUUGCUUUAUUUUGCGCUUACACUCAUUCUUUUUCAGUUUUGGGCAAAAUUUGCGAGGGUUAGAAUUGCUCAAAAGUCGGUGACAUUGCCCCUUUAAUUGAUACAUUCUAUUGAACUUUGAUGUAGUGAUUGGUGAUGGUGGUAGUCAGAUUCAAUUAAAGUUAAACAAACCUGAACAUGUGCACUUUUGGUGUGAGAAGGUAUCUGAUUGGUUUACAAGCUGGGUGUCCGUGGAGGAACUUCUUCCUCGCAUCAUUGAUUGUUUUACUGAUAAUAUGCGGUAUGUUGACCUAUGAACUUGCAUUGAUGAUGCAACGUUGACCUUGCCAUGCAACUUCCUGAAAACUAAAAUUUCAACAUCUCUCUAGCAAAGGCCUGCUAUAUAUAGGAAGAAAUGGAAAAGUAGUUGACCCUGGGGGGGGGGGGGCAACUGCCCUUUCCCAAUAAAGUCUUGGAAUGAUAGCUGAAUAACUGAACAACUUUUCAACCAUGAAUUAAGUAUUGCUAGCCUAUAAAUUAAGCUAUUUAUCAAAUGAAAUUUAAGGCAACAAAGUUAUAAGAACUAAGAUUUCAAGCUUAAAAAGGUGGUUGUAUGUUGUCAACCUAACUAGCCCCCCCCCCCCCUAAUAUUUUGCCCUUCCUCCAAUAUGUCUGCCAUUGAAUGUAAAUACAGCAUAAUUUAUGAUUGGUUUAAUUACAGGUAACAUAAUUGUUCAUAAUUAUCAUGAAAUCCAUCACAACACAACUGCAUGAUGUAUUAUUGAUCCAAAAAUUUGCUUAUAUGAAAGCAACUCCCCCCUGUGCUGAGUAACAGUUCAUUUCAUGCUAUCCACAAGCUUAUUUUCAACAGCAAACUUAGUCAGAAAUGACAGGUUAACCCUACAGAGCUUAUUGUUAUUACAAUUAUUUUCUCAUUUAUUAUAGAUUAGUUUUCAAUGAUACAAAUGGAACAUUUUCAAAUUCUCCCGGAGUACAAAGUCGAGUGCCGUAUUUUGGAAAUACGACAGGUAUUGAGUAUCUUGAUCCUUCAACAAAAGAUGUUGGUGAGUACUUUGGAGCAUUUGUCCAAGGAUUGGUUGACACUGGUUAUGUUCGAGGCAAAAGUAUCCGAGCUGCACCUUAUGACUUUAGAAAUACACCUGGUGAGUUUACUUGGAAUAAUUAACUUGUUUUUUUAUAUCUUUCCCAUGCAGUAAGUUCUGUUGUUUCUCUAGUCAAGACUAAAAUUGCAGCGUUCUACUACACAGCAAACUGAGCAAAGAAUUGUGAAGGUUUAUUUGUCAGAUAAUGCUGGACAAUGUACGAAAAUUGCUGUACGCAUGUGAACCUAUUUUUUCUAAUGAAUAACUGCAAUGCUAUUUCAGAUUUAACUGGGGAAUAUUUUAGCAAACUAAAAGCUCUUAUUGAAGAAACAUUUGCAAUGAAUGAGAACAUGCCUGUUGUUCUGGUAUGUCACAGUCUGGGAUGUCCAUAUUCAUCAAUCUUUUUACACAAGCAAACACAGAACUGGUUGGACAAGUAUUUAAGAGUCUGGCUCACUAUUUCUGCGCCAUGGGGAGGCUCGGUGAAAACCGUAGGGUUGUAUGCAUCAGGUUAUACGCUGGGAAUACCAAGAGUUCUUGUCAACCCAUUGAAAUUGCGAGCUUUUCAAAGAUCAGUCAAGAGCAGCAUCUAUCUUUUACCAAGUAAAGAUUUUUGGAACGCUGAUCAUGUAAGCAAAUUAUUGUUUUUAAUUUGAUUAAUUAUACUAAUUUGAUUAAUUAUGGUGCUUUAUCAUGCUAAGUGCAACUUUUAAUUAUGUUGAGAUAGAUUAAGAUGAUUGAAUUUCCACUAGAGAGUAACACCCAUCAAUGUACACAUCCUUGUUUAUGAAUUUAAUUAUGUUGUUUAUGAAUUUAAUUAUGUUGUUUAUGAAUUUAAUUAUGUUGUUUAUGAAUUUAAUUAUGUUGUUUAUCAAUUUAAUUAUGUUGUUUAUCAAUUUAAUUAUGUUGUUUAUGAAUUUAAUUAUGUUGUUUAUGAAUUUAAUUAUGUUGUUUAUGAAUUUAAUUAUGUUGUUUAUGAAUUUAAUUAUGUUGUUUAUGAAUUUAAUUAUGUUGUUUAUCAAUUUAAUUAUGUUGUUUAUCAAUUUAAUUAUGUUGUUUAUCAAUUUAAUUAUGUUGUUUAUCAAUUUAAUUAUGUUGUUUAUGAAUUUAAUUAUGUUGUUUAUGAAUUUAAUUAUGUUGUUUAUGAAUUUAAUUAUGUUGUUUAUGAAUUUAAUUAUGUUGUUUAUGAAUUUAAUUAUGUUGUUUAUGAAUUUAAUUAUGUUGUUUAUGAAUUUAAUUAUGUUGUUUAUGAAUUUAAUUAUGUUGUUUAUGAAUUUAAUUAUGUUGUUUAUGAAUUUAAUUAUGUUGUUUAUGAAUUUAAUUAUGUUGUUUAUCAAUUUAAUUAUGUUGUUUAUCAAUUUAAUUAUGUUGUUUAUCAAUUUAAUUAUGUUGUUUAUCAAUUUAAUUAUGUUGUUUAUCAAUUUAAUUAUGUUGUUUAUGAAUUUAAUUAUGUUGUUUAUGAAUUUAAUUAUGUUGUUUAUGAAUUUAAUUAUGUUGUUUAUGAAUUUAAUUAUGUUGUUUAUGAAUUUAAUUAUGUUGUUUAUGAAUUUAAUUAUGUUGUUUAUGAAUUUAAUUAUGUUGUUUAUCAAUUUAAUUAUGUUGUUUAUCAAUUUAAUUAUGUUGUUUAUCAAUUUAAUUAUGUUGUUUAUCAAUUUAAUUAUGUUGUUUAUGAAUUUAAUUAUGUUGUUUAUGAAUUUAAUUAUGUUGUUUAUGAAUUUAAUUAUGUUGUUUAUGAAUUUAAUUAUGUUGUUUAUGAAUUUAAUUAUGUUGUUUAUGAAUUUAAUUAUGUUGUUUAUGAAUUUAAUUAUGUUGUUUAUGAAUUUAAUUAUGUUGUUUAUGAAUUUAAUUAUGUUGUUUAUGAAUUUAAUUAUGUUGUUUAUGAAUUUAAUUAUGUUGUUUAUCAAUUUAAUUAUGUUGUUUAUCAAUUUAAUUAUGUUGUUUAUGAAUUUAAUUAUGUUGUUUAUGAAUUUAAUUAUGUUGUUUAUGAAUUUAAUUAUGUUGUUUAUGAAUUUAAUUAUGUUGUUUAUCAAUUUAAUUAUGUUGUUUAUCAAUUUAAUUAUGUUGUUUAUCAAUUUAAUUAUGUUGUUUAUCAAUUUAAUUAUGUUGUUUAUGAAUUUAAUUAUGUUGUUUAUGAAUUUAAUUAUGUUGUUUAUGAAUUUAAUUAUGUUGUUUAUGAAUUUAAUUAUGUUGUUUAUGAAUUUCAUUAUGUUGUUUAUGAAUUUCAUUAUGUUGUUUAUGAAUUUCAUUAUGUUGUUUAUGAAUUUAAUUAUGUUGUUUAUGAAUUUAAUUAUGUUGUUUAUGAAUUUAAUUAUGUUGUUUAUGAAUUUAAUUAUGUUGUUUAUGAAUUUAAUUAUGUUGUUUAUGAAUUUAAUUAUGUUGUUUAUGAAUUUAAUUAUGUUGUUUAUCAAUUUAAUUAUGUUGUUUAUCAAUUUAAUUAUGUUGUUUAUCAAUUUAAUUAUGUUGUUUAUCAAUUUAAUUAUGUUGUUUAUGAAUUUAAUUAUGUUGUUUAUGAAUUUAAUUAUGUUGUUUAUGAAUUUAAUUAUGUUGUUUAUGAAUUUAAUUAUGUUGUUUAUGAAUUUAAUUAUGUUGUUUAUCAAUUUAAUUAUGUUGUUUAUCAAUUUAAUUAUGUUGUUUAUCAAUUUAAUUAUGUUGUUUAUGAAUUUAAUUAUGUUGUUUAUGAAUUUAAUUAUGUUGUUUAUGAAUUUAAUUAUGUUGUUUAUGAAUUUAAUUAUGUUGUUUAUGAAUUUAAUUAUGUUGUUUAUGAAUUUAAUUAUGUUGUUUAUGAAUUUAAUUAUGUUGUUUAUGAAUUUAAUUAUGUUGUUUAUGAAUUUCAUUAUGUUGUUUAUGAAUUUCAUUAUGUUGUUUAUGAAUUUAAUUAUGUUGUUUAUGAAUUUAAUUAUGUUGUUUAUGAAUUUAAUUAUGUUGUUUAUGAAUUUAAUUAUGUUGUUUAUGAAUUUAAUUAUGUUGUUUAUGAAUUUAAUUAUGUUGUUUAUGAAUUUAAUUAUGUUGUUUAUGAAUUUAAUUAUGUUGAGAUAGAUUAAGAUGAUUGAAUUUCCACUAGAGUGCAACACCCAUCAAUGUACACAUCAUUUUCAGAUGAAAAAUCUCGCAAGCCUAUGGCUAUGUUUAUACUGUACUGGGUAGUUUUCCGUAGCGAUGUGGAAAAACACCUAUCCGUACCUUUUAGGAAUGCUAUUUUCAUUGGAAUUAUUGCAACGGAGAGAUGUUAUUUCGCUCAGCUUCUGAAAGUUGUACAUUCUGUAUGGGACAGGUGCUUUUUCGCCCCGCUACGGAAACUCGUCAGAAAGCUAUCUGCUAUGGUAUAAAUGUAGCCUUUAUUUCCUCUGUAGUAUAAGUCAUGUCAACGCUCUAAAUGCGCAAAAGGCAUGCAUAGUUUCAUGUUCAUUAACAAACACUUUUCUUUAUUUAGGCAUUUGUGCAGUCAGCAACGAGAAACUACACAAUCAACGACUAUGAUGCUUUCUUUCAAGACAUCAAGUACCCCAUUGCAAUAGAAAUGAAAAAAACUGUACCACCAAUAUUCAACAGUUCUGCACCCAACGUGCCCGUUUUAUGCCUGCAUGGUUCAGGUGUAGAUACCCCAGUGACGUAUAGAUAUAAGCCAGGGACCUUCCCAGAUGGACCGCCAGACAGAGUAAUGUCUGACGGAGAUGGCACAGUCUCCUCAAUCAGUUUAAAAGGUUGUACGCGAUGGCAACAGGAGAAACCGCUGGUUAUCAAGGACUUCGACUCAUGUGAGCACAAUGGUAUACUCAGAAAUGAAGCAUUUAUUGAUUUCGUUAAAGAUUUUCUGUACAACGGUACAUUUUAAGCCACGUUGACACACUGGAAUUUGUCAACUCGAUUUCAGCUCUUCUCGAAUGUUAACGAUGAAAAUUUUUGUUCAUGUUGUUCACAUCUAAAACAACACGUACAUUGCAAACACGUCCAUUUCAAACACGUAUAUUUCAAACACGUCCAUUUCAAACACGUAUAUUUCAAAUACGUCCAUUUCAAACACGUACAUUUCAAAUAAGUUCAUCUAAAAUCAAGCUGAGAAGUCGCAGUGUGCAAACAUACUUUUAGGGAAACAUAGUUAGGAGAUUGGAAUUAAUAUUAAUAUAGGAUAGUGUUCAUUGCUCGAAUGUCUGUCGAAGAAAUGCAACGGAUAAUGGUUUAAUAUAUGUGUGGGUUUGAUAUAUGUAUAGGUUUUAAAAUAUAAUUCCCAGGACUUUCCUGAAAAUCACCUCUGGGUGAGGUUGUCUCCUGGGAAAAGAUUAUUCAAUUCAAAUUCACACUGGAAAUUUGUAUCUACAAAAUCUACAUUUAAUAUGUGUAAGAUAGUUUCUUUUAAAUUUUGAUAAAGAGAUACUGUAAUUUUAAGCAAUGAAUAUACUUUCAAAUUGUUUUCACUG